GAAAUGGAGCUGAGGGGCAAUUAGUGGGCAAGUGGUUCGACUAUGUAGAGGAAAUGUGCGGGAGAAGAGCUUCUCCAAAGGCCCAACAUCUUCUCCAACAACUCAGCCAAGACCACACGCUAGACAGUGGGAAAACAAAACUUUUUUUUUCCUGCUCCAGAGACGUUCGGCUCGCUCCUGAGCUCGGUCUCAGCUAGUUUACUUCAUAGCAGCGCUCCAGCAGAACGUUUGGUGAAGUUCCGAGCGGCUCUCGGGCAUCUUCGUCUCUGCCCACGAUCGCCACACACCGAGACGCGGAUUAUAGUCUUCAGUCCGGACGCUCACGUGACCACACCUGAGUGGAUUUCUGGCCCGUUCGUGUCCUUCCUGACCUUAAAACAGCGAGAAAUGUGCGUGCUGGUGUCAGUCGUGCCGGUCCUCGCUGCUUUCCUCGCGCUUUCUCCAGCUCAGUGUUCCCCCUCAACCACUACACAAAGCACCUCCAAAGUGAUCCUGUUUCAGGAGGUGUGGGGGCGGAGCUUCUGCCGCACCAUUGAGAAGCUGGUGGAGGUAGUGCAGGAGUAUCCUGGGGAGGUGGAACACAUUUACAGCCCUUCUUGCGUUCCAUUGGUACGUUGUGCUGGUUGCUGUGGAGACGAGAACUUGGAGUGCCAUCCCACACUUACCUCCAACAUCACUAUGCAAUUAUUAAAGCUGAAGCCAGCAGAGAAGAGCCAAGAGUAUGUGGAGAUGACUUUCGUGGAGCAUAAAAGCUGUGAAUGUAGACUAAGAAAGCCUACACCGAAACAUGACAGACGGAGACCAAGAGGAAGAGGAAGAAAGAGGAAGGAGAAACAGCGAGUAAAGGACUGUGAUGGGUGUCAGCCUCCUCGAAGGUAAAUGCAGUCCCACCAUGCUCUCUGCCCAUCCUGUGCAGUCAGCCCCUUCAGUGCCAGCCCCACCAUCUGUCCCCCCCUCGCUCUUCACAGCCUCCUGUGUCUCCUCCACCACCACAUCCAAGGUGCAGGGUUGUCAUGGUGAUGGGGAGAUCACCCUAGCCACCCUGGGGGACAUUUCAUAUACAGGAAGUGCCUGGUGUGUGGUGACAUGUUCUGACAUGCUUCGCAUGAAGCACAACAGUGGGCCCACCUCAGUGUCUGAGGUGAAAAUCAGCCCACAGGACUACAAAUUUGAUGAUGCUAUAACUGAAACAUUAUUAUUAUUAUUAUUAUUAUUAUUAUUAUUAUUAUUAUUAUAUGGUCUCUUACCCCUUUUAUUUAUUGCUUGCAAACCAGUAGAGAAAAACUUGUUUUUGGUUGUUUUGGACUAAUUACUUAGCUAACAUAUAGCAUUAGUACAAAUUGGGAUUUUUUUCCUUUUCAAGCAUUAAGGAACAGGCCAAUCUGAAUCACUUAAAACAGUUGACUAUACCAGAAAACCGAAGUUCACCUUUUGUGAUGCUCAUUCGUUGACUUGAUUAGCUGUUUCCUAUGCAGUAUUAAAGAGUUCUCAGAAUGCAUGUAAUUACCGUUGCAGAUAGUCCUUCUUUUAGUUUUACUUACCAACUAGAGGUUGUAACUCUCUCAUAACCGUAGUUAUUUCAUAAUUUGACCUGUCCAGUUUCUAGAUUGGUUGUCAACUGAGUAAAAAUAAGCAUAAUCCAAAAUAUCCUUUACCAUGUCCAUUGGGAAAUAAUGGGCUGCGUUACAGGCCUGAUACAAUUCAGAUAGGUGUUGCCCCGUUGUCAAGGGACAUGCUGACCUCUACUGGUAUCAAGACAACAGUUACACUGUGUUUCCAUUUUCCAGACUUAGAGUAAAACUACACUGCUGUACACAAUGAUGGCAGUUCAUGAGCUGAUGAAUUUAGUACAACUGUGUCCAAGUUUGAAUUCCCCUUGUUUUGUUGUUUUUCUAAGGGGAACAAAUGUAAAUAUGGCAUUUUCCUGCAGAUUUUUGUGCACAACUUAUGUUUAU